AUGGAAGCCCUUGAAGUGGGUAGGACGGUAAGGGCAUGCAAUGCAGGCCCCGACCAAAUAACUGGCGAACGUUACCCGUAUCGACAACUCGAGCAUGAAAAUACCAUCCGUCUUCUCUUCAUUACACCGGGAUCCGGGGAAGAGAUUAGCUCUACUUACUCCCUUUUACAUGCGGAACUAGGCAACAUCCCCUACCAAGCACUUUCCUACGAGUGGGGAUUACCUAGUGAUGACGACCCAAACAUCACCAUUGACGGCCACACGGUCAGGAUCCGCAAAAAUCUUUCCGAGGCACUCAAACAGAUCAGUUCAGUCAUUCGUUAUCUCGACUUCCUGCUCCUUUGGAUCGAUGCACUGUGCAUCAACCAAAGUGACGAUGGCGAGAAAAGCCAGCAAGUCCAGAAGAUGGGGAAGAUCUUCUCAAGUGCGGAGCAGGUCCUUGCCUGGACUGGACCGAUGGGAAACGACAGCGACUAUGCGAUGGAUAUCCUCAACUCCGCGCCUCGGGAUUGCAUAUUUGAUCCAGACCUUUUCGAAAACUACCGUGCGAGGACAGCCAUUUUGGCCUGGUGCAAUCGUCCCUACUGGAAAAGGAUAUGGAUCAUCCAGGAACUCUUCCUAGCGAAAAGGCUUGUUUACAUGUGCGGUUCCAGGUCCAUCUCUGAGCACGGGAAUGCACUUGACAAUUGCCUUUGGGUCAUUCUUAAGUCAAGCUCUCAAUCGCCAUCCGGGCUUGUACCUGACAAUCUUGAGUAUUGGACCAAGGUGCUCCGUAACAGACAGGUUGUUAAGCGGAGCCUGCUGGACUGGCUUUAUGUUUGCGCCACUAGCCAUAUCAUGGCCACCGACGCAAGAGAUUAUAUCUACGCGGUACUCUCGAUAUCGCAUGAAACCCGCAGCUGCCUUGCUCAAAUGAUCCCUGACUAUACCAAAUCAGCCGAAACGGUUUUCGAGGAUUUGAACACCUUGAUGAUGGAUGAGAAGGCUCGAGAAGGGUGUGAAUCGUGUAUUUGCAAGGUUGAGAGAAUCGAUCAUAUCGAGAAUAAGAUCGUCAAUGGGUGGUUGAAACAGACAGUUGGUCUAAACGUGAAAAUUGGGUGGCACGACAGAUCGGCAUACCCCUCUUGCAACUCUUGUGGACGUCCAAAACGGACAUACAGUAAGGGAGAACUUUGGCUGUCGAGAUACUGGGGGGAGAGGGUAGGGGUAGGAGGAGGAGGAGGAGCCCGUGCUCGGAACCAGAGAGUCGGCGGGGCGACUUAUACCGAACGCCCAGAACAGCAAUGA